UAAAUGGCCUUCGACCUUUUGCAGUAGCGGGAAGUUGAGCUCAGCUUCCGCAGUAGAAUAGCUUUUAGUUUCACGACUGGAUUUCGGGUCACUUCCGCAGGCCAUCUUUGUGACAGUAAGAAUCAUGGAAGGAAAUUUGUUGGACUUGGAUGUUCCUGUAGUUUCCAAGGAUGUCUCAAAAGAUUCCACCGAGCCCGAAGUCCAGAAAACGGAAGUUAUACACUCGGACCCACUACCAAAACUCUCUGGCUAUCUGAACAAGAAAGGCGACAGAGGACUGGUGAAAGUUUUCAGACAGCGCUGGUUUGUCUAUGAACCUAGAAGAUGUCGUCUGUAUUACUACAAGUCAUCUGAAGAUGCGACGGCGCUGGGGUCCAUCGACAUCGCCGGAGCUUCCUUCUCGUUUGAGCAGGGAGAGCAGGGGAGGGCGGGGCAGUUUGAGAUCAGCUGCGGGGACCGCACGUUCGUCCUACAGGCUGCUGACCACAGCACCAUGAUGUUCUGGCUGCAGGAGUUACAGCUGAGGAGAAGACACUACAGUCAACUGCGCACCAGUAUGGCCAGGACAAUUUCCACAUCAGCCAUGGCCUCAGCAUCAGUCUUACCACCCAGAAGUGGCUUACUGAAGCAGCAAAGUACGAGUACCCAAAAAGCAGAACCAUCAGUUCACUACCAGACAGUGGCUCCCCUGAUAACCAUUGAUGAAACCUCCAGAGGGGUUGCGACUGUGAGUCCUAACGUCUGCCUCCCUUCUGACAAUGGUUCCGAUACAAAACAUUGGUCAUCAGAAAUGGAGAACAGGAACAGUGAGCACCAGGGUAACACCAAGGUCAUGACCUCACAGCCACCUCCCUCUCCAACAAGGUCAGGGGUCAACAGGAUGACUGGUUUCGCCAGCUCCAUCAAAAAGAAACUGUCCGGCAACCGUGCAGUCCCUCAAAGUGAGAACAGUACAGGAAGUGUUCCCCACAGCCAGGAAAGCCUGUUGACACUUCAAGAUAAAGUGGAAACGCUGGAGCAGGAGUUGGAGGCGAACCAAAAAGUCAUCAAAAUUCUCCACGAGCAGCUGUCAGCGGCGCAACAGGAGAAGAGGUCAAGCGACCAUUUUGUGCAUGCAGGAAGUGAGAAGGAGAGACUAGAGCUGGUGCGACAGAAAGAUAGACAGCUGGCAGAGCUUCAGAAACAGCUGAGCCAGACAAAGAUGGAAAAGGAAGACAUCAGGCUGGACCUGAAGUGCAGUGAAACGUCGGUACAGGAACUGAAGGAACAACUGCUGAUGUUUCAGGAGAUGCUGCAGGCCAAGGAUCAGGUCAUCAUGCAGCUGACCCACCAGGUGGACGACCUUGAACAUGGCCAGGCUGUUCCAACUGGUCACUCCGAGGACAGCAGCCAGGAGCCUACCCAGCCACACAACAUCCCAGUCAGUACCACGGGCUGGCUGGACGAUACCCAGAACCUCAAGGAUUCACUAGAGGCGUUCCAGACCCAAAACAGGUUCCUGAACAACGAGAUCUUGGAGUUGAACUUGUUGAGAAAUGAUGAUGCAACAAGGGAACAGGUUCAUUUGGAAAAGAUGGCUGAACUGGAGGCCAAGUAUUACCAGAUCAAGAGUAAGUACCUGCUGCUGCUGAACGAGCUGCACACUCCACAGCGGGGAGGGGAGGAGAACAAGACUCAGGAGGUCAUCUCACAACUCCUGGACGAGGCUAUCAACGUGGAGGGGAACGAACCAGUGGAGACAGUCGGGAGGCUGCAGCCCUUAAGGGAAGAAAAGUUUGAUCGUUAUGGGUUCAGCAUGGAGGCAGAUCUGGAGGAGGCCAACCCUGUGGUCAGCAGGGCUGGGUCAUUACAGAGACGGUCAGAGGAAAUCCAGGCCAGGACCGUAGAGGAAAACAUAUCCAUCGGUGUGAAAUGGGAGAACUACUUUGCCAAUAUCGGGAACCGUGACCUUGUGCGCCUGCCUGAGUUGAAAUCCCUCAUCCGUGCUGGCAUCCCGUACGAGUACCGGGAACGGAUCUGGAACUGGUGCGUCCGUCUUCGUGUCCAGGACAGCAGGAACCAGGCUGACCUUGCAUCACCCCAGCAGUCCCACUACCAACACCUGCACAUCACCAACAGGGGCAAGUUCAACCCUGCCGGCAAACAGAUCGAGCUGGACCUGAUGAGAACCCUUCCCCACAAUGUGCACUAUGGGUCCAUGGAGAGUGAGGGGAUCCAGAAGCUCCGCCGGGUACUGGUGGCGUACAGCUGGCACAACCCCGCCAUCGGCUACUGUCAGGGGCUGAACAGGAUCGUGGCCAUCGCCCUGCUCUUCAUGACGGAGGAGGACGCCUUCUGGUGCCUGGUGGCCAUCGUGGAACACAUCAUGCCUCAGGACUACUUCAGCAAGACUCUGGCGGGUUCUCAGGUGGACCAGAGGGUCUUCAAGGAUCUCUUGAAGGAGAAGUUACCACACCUGUCCAGUCACCUGGAUAACAACAACGUGGACCUGUCACUCGUCACCUUCAACUGGUUCCUCACCAUCUUUGUGGACGGAAUGCCGAGUGACACCAUGUUGAGAAUUUGGGAUGCCUUCCUUUACGAGGGUUCAAAGGUCCUGUUCCGCUAUGCUCUGGCUUUCUUCAAAGCCAGUGAGGAGACCAUCUUACUGCAGAAGGACUACAUGUCCAUCUUCAAGUUUCUGCGCCAGAUGCCACAAACCAUGGUCGACACAAGACGCCUGGCCCAGAUUGCGUUCCACGACCUGAACCCGUUCCCAAGACGAAACAUAAAUGCUCGGCGUGCGUUCCAUAAGGAGAACGUGUGGGCAGAACUCCGCGAGCUUGACGCCAUCCGGGAAGACUUCACCAGUUCUUACGAACAGAGAACAGCAGACUGUCUCAGUGAUGAUGAGUCGUAACGACUAGAGGGAAUUUGUUAUCCGGAGUGCUCUGCACUGCUGAGAGUUGAACUCUUUCUUUAAAAACACUUUUGAAAGUGGAUCUCACAACAGCAUCAAGGUCUUCCACUUGUCUUGCUGGUACUGGUAAUAGCUUUUUGUACCAGUAUUUGGCAUGUUAUCUAAGAUUUUAAUAAUGUUGGAAAAGAACAUCUGACCCUCUCUUGCCUUGUUGCUGGAUAAACAAUAUUAAAUAGCUUUGUGCCUUAUUCCUGCUACAUAACCAGACUUUAUUUUCAAGAUUUUCAGAUAAAGAUAUUCAAUUUGAUUUGAUUUACAAGGUAUAUCAUUGAUCUGAAAUAAGGUUAACAUUUUCUUAGAUUUUACUUUGAAGGAUGUGCUCAAUCAAGAUUUCAGUAUAUUUCCACAUGUCAUAGAUGAUAUUAUUCAUAUUUUAUGAUUUUGAUAAAAUAACAUGAUGGGAUGUCCUUUGGGAGCAAUUAAGGAUAUCUGCAAUAUUAUAAUGAUAAGAAAGAAAACAUUAUGACUUAUAUUUCAAUGAAAGCUUGUUGGUGAGUGCCUUGCUUUGUGUAUGGAACUCGCAUAUGAAAACUUCAUAGAACAUUAUGACUGUUAUAGCAAUGUGUGCAAUUCUGUUGUCAGUGCCUUACAUUAAGGCAACUAAUGUACUUUAACAUGUACAUGUCAUUCACAAGCUCUGUUUAAGUUACAAUUAAGUUUGUUUACACAAGUUAUGUUUCAGAAAUAGAAGAGGAAUGUAAAUAGU